AGACGCUAUUAGGACCUCCUCCCAUCUUAUUAGCUGUUUAUCCUUCAUCACAAGACAUCUCAAUAUUGGUUCCAUAGGUGUAGCUUCUUCUGCUUCUUCUUCUUCUUUUGUACCUACGUCAUCAUACAUUGGUUACUGUCCUACCGAGAUGCGUACCGACGUGGGUUCUAUUCCAUUAAUGUGUAUUCUGUCUACACUAACGACUGGUGUGUUCGGAUAUCUUCCGACAGAAGAUCUCACAAAUUCGAUAAUUUCUGGAAACGGUGGUUAUCCAGUUCCUCCGGACACUAUUAUACCGGCCGAUGGAGAUGAGGAAGGUUCCCCAGACGAAGAAUCCGACGUUGAUUCCGGUGAUUCAAUUUAUCGAAAGAAAGUCACCACAUUCCGACGACGAAACAUAAAUGCCCCAUUCGGAGUUCGUGUUCCUUUCAGUAGAAUGGCCUAUAAAGCCGGUUAUGGAUCAAACAGAAUGGGCUAUCGGAACACGGGAUCCCCGCCACCCCCACAAAUAGGUGGCCUCUACGGUGACCGUAAUCCGAAUCCAUAUGGCACAGUGAAUCUUGGUGGAGGUUCCCCAUAUCCUGGGGGUCUAGAAGAGUACAAUAUCCGGCCGGCCGCUCCAUUUUCCGGACUGGUCGGAGGAAGUCGAUCUGGGUACUACGGGAGCACUGUUGGUAUGAGACGGGGUGCCGUUGUGCCGCCUAUGAGCUCCAGGAAGACGAAAAUUCCACAGACUGAGUAUCCACCUGAUUACGCAUCUAACGACCUGAUGAACAGUUUCAAUGGAGCUACAAAUUCCGCGAUCCCAUCACUUCGCGAGCUUGCCACCUAUGCGUCACGCUAUGGUCCCGCAUAUCUUCGCGAACGAUUCGGAAGCCAUGAUUCCCAACUUGAGCGUAUGCUUUAUGGCGGCAGUGGACCACAGAUCCCAUCACGUGGAGGAGGAAUUCCCAUAGAUUACAACAUGAACAUUGCUUCGAAUCACUGGAACCGAGGAAUUGGCUCUCCGAUGGGAAUUAUGUCGCGGGAUGUUGAUUCCUAUCAACACGACGAUGCGGCCAAAGCAAACAAAAAGACCACUACCGGCUCGCCGAGCACGACGAGCACACGGAAACCUCGGAAAGCUAGGAAGCCAACCAAGAAGACUGUUGCCGCAGCUCCUUCGUCUAGCUCGAACACAUCGACUACGGCAAAGCCUGCAAAAACUGUAAAGACAUCGGAGAAGUCUGCCUGAAAACAAGAAUAGAAUCAAUUUUUAAAAAUGUACAAAAUCAAACGCCCUACAAAUCAUGUGUGUGAAGAAGAAUAAUAACUAACAUAUCUAUUUAUAUUUACCGAAUAAAUAUAUAUUCAUC